UCCUUUCAGCGUUUUCACAAUGAAGUCCCCUCCCUCCAACCAGCCACGACAGCAUCUUGAUUACAUUUAAACCGUGUUUCAUAAAUCCCCGUCGACCCUUCCUUCACAGACACUCCUAGACUGCUCUUUAUGUAAUGAGUGGUACAGUCCGACAGAUCAUUGUAACUACAGAUCCAGGCACCCCAUACUUCCUGCGAGUGGACUGGGCCGUAGACCUGGGUGCUGGAUUCACAUUAGCUCUCACUGAUGGUAACUCAGCAUGGGUCGGAGAAGUUUCAGAAGAAGAGGUGACAAGGGAAGCUGAUGAUAUGGGAGUCACAAAGGAAAAAUAUGUUGAGGAUCUUCUUCAAGCACUAACAGGCAGUGAAGGAAGUCGAGGCAAGGAGGAGGUAUAUUCUUUCCGCCUCAGUCCAGAUCACUGUCAUCUCUCGUAUCAGAAGAUCUGUAAUGACAUCUUGGUGGACUUGGGUUCAGUGGAGCUCCAUCCAGCUCCAGACCCUCUAGAGCUGAACCGGGAGAUGAUUGGCCAAUCCCUGAAGCGCAGCAAGGAUCUGGAGUCAGGCAACUGCGAGCUGUUAGAGGAGAAUCGCAGGCUGAAACAGGAGCACCAGAGAAUACUCAGAGAGUUGGAGCAGCAGGUUCAGGCUAAGGAGGUGUUGGAGAGGGAGAUGUACUCACGUUUUGUCAUGGUCCUGAACAAGAAAAAGGCCAAGAUCAGAGGUCUGCAGGAUGCUGUUCGCCAACUACAACAGACCGAUGACCAGCAGAGAGAUCGAGAGGGGAGACAAAGUGACAACUGUGACAAUGACACAACUCAUGGUGAAGAUAACAGCCAGGAAAGACAAGAGGAGACGGUUCAGAGCUUCCAUCCAUCCCAGGAGGCAACUAUCCUCAUCACAGGUCGUGAUCUGGUCUGCCACGGCAUCUCUCUGGACCGGAGCUUCUCUGAUGAUGAAGAUGAACAGCCAAGACGGAAGCAGAGAUUGAUUCACAGCCUGAGCCCAGAGUCUCGUGAGCCGGAAUAAAAAUCGAAACUUUAGGUCCUGAGGUCAUCACAGUGUGUCUUCACACUGACAGUAAUGAACCCAUGGAAGCCUACUCAGGAUCUGACCAUUCUACCUUUGACUUCUGGACCUUCCUGCUGCCUUUUACGAUUCUGAUGAUACCUAAGUGUCUCCUGAAGACCACGUGUAGCUUCCAGGAUAAUCCCACAACAUGCGCAACAUGCUGUUUUAGUAAUCCCCACAGGAAUGUCACACUAUACAUCGCAUCAAUAAGGCAUUUUAUAGAAGGAAUUCCAGAUGAGUAUUCUAAGGGUAAUUUUCAGAUGAGUGCACGGCAGUGUGCAAUGGAAGAUGAGACAUUGUGAAACUAUACUGAAUAUUUCAGUCAAUAUUACAAUAUUAUAUCAUUAUUAUGGAGAAUAUUCUAAAACGUGUUGUUUUGUUUCUUAUUAUUUUAAAAGACAUUGUAAAUGUUUUAUUUUUUAUUUUAAUUUGAUUUUAUUUCAUGGAAAUGUAUUGAAAAUACGUGAAAAAGAAAGUAAUGUUUUCAUAUGUGACAUAUUGUCAAUGGUUAUUUGGGUAAACGUCUAUUGUGAAAUGAUUUCAGUCUGACUUAAAUAAACA